AUGUUUACUAGGUCAAGAGAUGCUAGUGCUUUUAGUAUAUUCAAAUGGAAGCGUCGAGGUGAAUCUUCAUCAGUGACGGAAGGUUUACUUCAGGAUGUUACUCUGGAGAUUGAGUUGUCUGAUUACAGAAGGAUUCCGAGUCCGGGUAGUGAGAGUCCUUCAGGGCUUCUUAACGAUGAGAACCGUAAUGUUGAGGCGAUUUCUGAUUUGGAUAUCUUCUUUGAAAGACUUUACAGCUACUAUUGUGAGAAAGGGUUAUGGUGCAUCGUUAUAAAGUGGGUUGUUGAACUUCUGAGUCUGGGAUUCACCAUAUGUUUUUCGGCUUUUUUCUUACUAUAUGUUGAUUGGAAUGGACUCCGUAAUGCAAGAUGUGGGAUGGAUGCAGUUGAAUCUGGAAUGAAGCCCUGUGAUCUUGCUAAAGAAGCUCUUCAUCAACACCCUUUAACUCCGUUAACACUUAGCAAAGCUAUUAUUGUUGGAUACUUAUGCAUAUUUUCUAUCUAUUGGAUAUUUUGCUUCUUAAGAUUCUUUGCUCAACUGAAGUAUACUCUGGAAAUCCGAGAGUUUUACUACAAUAGUCUCCAUGUUACAGAUAGUGAAAUUCAAACAAUGCUGUGGGCUACAGUUCUUGAAAAGACUGUUCUUGUGCAAAGCACUAGAAAACUCUGCGUGGUGAAGGAUCUUAAUGCUCAUGACAUUGUGAUGAGGUUAAUGCGGAAGGAGAACUACUUGAUCGGAAUGCUCAACAAGGGUGUGCUUGCUUUUCCCAUUUCUAAAUGGAUUCCAGGUGCUGGUCCAACAGUGAAAUGCAGUACAAAUGGAACACAAUAUCGUCUAGUACUAACUAAGACACUUGAGUGGACUUUGAAUUGGUGCGUCCUGCAAAGCAUGUUUGAUAGUAACUUUUGUGUCAGAAGAGAUUUCGUGUCAAAUUCAAGGACAUUAAAGAAAAGGCUUAUCUUAGUUGGGCUUGCAAUACUUUUACUUUCUCCAUUUCUUGUCAUAUUCAUGCUGGUAUAUCUCUUUCUGCGGCAUGCUGAACAAUUUUACAAUCACCCAAGUACAGCAUCAUCUCGAAGAUGGUCAAAUUUGUCAAGAUGGGUCUUUAGGGGAUUCAAUGAGGUGGACCAUCUCUUCCGGCAUCGUAUUAAUAACAGCGUGUUACAUGCUUCUGACUAUCUCAAGCAAUUUCCUUCACCCAUCAUAUCUAUCAUUGCAAAAUUCAUCUCGUUUGUAUCUGGUGGCUUUGCUGCAGUUCUGAUCAUCAUUGCUUUUCUAGAGGAAUCUCUGCUAGAGGGUCAUAUAUUUGGUCGAAACUUAUUGUGGUAUGCGGCUGUUUUUGGAACCAUAACUGCUAUUAGCCGGGCUGCAAUUGUAAAUGAACUUCUGGUCAUAGAUCCUGAAGGAGCAAUGUCUAUGGUAGUUCAGCAUACACAUUAUAUGCCAAAGAGAUGGCGUGGCAAGCAAAGUACUGAAACGGUCCGAACUGAGUUUGAAACCUUAUUCCAGUAUACUGGGAUGAUGCUACUCGAGGAGAUGGCCUCAAUUUUCCUUACUCCAUACUUACUCCUAUUUGUUGUCCCAAAGCGUGUCGAUGAUAUCUUGCAGUUCAUUGCUGAUUUUACCGUACACGUUGAAGGUGUUGGCCAUGUAUGCAGUUUCAGUGUCUUUGAUUUUCAAAAGCAUGGAAACAGUAGUUAUGGUUCCUCAUCUGAUUCACCUCGCGAGCAAAGGAGUUCCCAGGGGAAGUUGGAGAAAUCAUUUUUGAGCUUCCAAAGUAGUUAUCCUUCAUGGGAACCAAAUGCUGAAGGGAAGAAGUUUUUGCUAAAUCUGAGAACAUUCAGAGAGCAAAAAUCAUCAUCAGGGCAUGUAAACCGACAAGGAUUUCCCCCUCUCAGAUUGUGGAGAGGCAGUCCCGACACGAGAACCAAUGGAGACAACAGAAAUAGGUUUAUUUCAAGAGAAAUGCGGAACAGCACUUUUGUAACUGGCAAUCACUUAGGUUCGUUGUGGUUAAUUGAUGCUAACAAUCAAAACAAUCACCCGUAUCUGCUCGAUUGGUACUAUACUUCCCGACCUCAUGAUGCGACCUCAAGAGAUGUUCAAACAGAUCCAUUUGAAGAAUCUCCACAUAACUACAGAGAUUGGGUGCACUAUACUUCCCGACCUCAUAAUGCGACUUCUAGAGAUGUUCCAACAAAUCUGUUUGAAGAAACUCCUCAUCACUCCAGAGAUUGGAUGCCGUCCAGCUUGACAAAGAAUGAUCCUGAGUACGAAGAAUAUCAUGAUGAUCGUGCCAAUUCCCAUCUCGGGGCAUCCGUAUCUGCUCCCAUCUUUAGGGAAAGCAUAAUUCGGAAUCAAGAUUCUGAUGAUCUACACCACCAUACCAGGGGUCAUUGGUGGGCUAGAAGUCACCAUCAUCAGCAGGGUGGACAUGAUCAAUCAAGCCUUUGGGAGCCUCCAGAUUUCAAUCACGAAAGAGCAUUCAAUAAUUACGACGAUAAAUUAUCUGAGACAGGGUCAGAGAAUCAAGACCAAGAGCAAGAAUUGUAUUGGAGAAACUCAGAUUAUCACAAAUCAUUUCAUACUGCACAUACAUAUGACUUAGAAUCAGGAGAAAUCAAUCUUCAUUUUGACGACAUUUAUAAAAGACCUCCAGAAAAUUCCUCUAUAAAUCCUUUUGAGUGGUGA